CUCCUUCAUUCUCGAACAAACACACACAGCAUUAGCCCUUCAUUCUUUCAAUUUUCCUUCCUUUCAUUCUCCGCCAUGUCCGAUACCAACCCCCCUAUAAAUUCCACCAUCACCACUCUUUUUCGAUUCAUUCUUUAGCUGCGAAGUAUUUCUCUAAAAGCAUCAAAGAGAAGUACUGUUAAUAAAGAAUCUAUUUAUUAAUAAAAUCCAAAAAAAAGAAAAAAUGGCACGCCAAUUAGUUGCUCUGGCUCUUCUCUUCGUUGCCGUUGUUGCAGGGGUUGCACACGCAGCCGAUUCCCCUGCUUCAUCCCCUGAAGCCAGCGCACCAGCUGCAGACUCGAUCUCAAUUACUCCAUCUGCUUCUCAAUCUCCUGAUGCAUCGAGCCCUGUUGCUUCUGAUGUGGAAUUUUCAUCUCCACCUGCACCAGCUAGUGAAGCAAGUGCACCGAGCGCUGCUCCUACUCAAUCUACUAUUUCUGCAGCACCUGAGGCUAGUGCACCAAAUGUUGCUGCCGAUUCCCCUGUCGCCUCUGGCCCAGGGGUUUCGUCUUUUGCCAGUGAUGACUACUACUAAAGCACCAAAUGGUGUGCACACAAUGUGCUUGAUUAAUUAGCUAAAUGGUGUUUUCGGAUUA